GGUCGACUGCCAAUGGAGUGGAACAACUACAGCUACAUCUUCGGGAGUGAAGGAUCCAAUGAAGACCCCACGAUCAAUAGCCUCAUCCAGUUUCGGAAGCGUGCCAUCAGAGGCUCUCAACCUGGAUGCGCGGCUGGGGAUGCUUCAGGACAAAGGAACCGAAGCCAAGUUUGAAGACAUCAAGCGAAGCUUGGAGGAUGCUAAGGCCGCGUGCGAAGAAUUUGCGACAAAAGUGGAACACGUGCAGGAAGCUGUUCAGGUUGAGCUUGAAAGAGAGAUAGCAGAAGACAGGAAAUGGCGUGCGCAGAAGGAGCGAGAGAUGAUUCAGGCCAACCAAGCGGGAAAGGCUUGGAAGGCAAGAUUUUGGCUUGGAAAACUCAUCUUGAACUCGACAACCUUAACCGGAGAGCAGAACAAGACUGUGGAAGAGCUUCUUCAACAGCGCAAGGCACCUAGAGCAGGAGAAUAUCAUCCUGACGAUCGUCCACCGGCGCAAAAGGCAUUUGGGCCAGGAGAACAUCCUCCUGACUAUGCUCCGUCCGGAAGAGAGGCACCUAGACCAGGAGAGCAUCCUCCUGACUAUGCUCCGGCCGAAAAAGAGGCUGAGGAGAAAGAUCCUGCGAAGCCGACAGAAAAACCAAUCGUCCUGAAGCUUGUGGCCGUUAAUGGAUUGGCGUUGCAGCACGCAGCUGAGGAUUUGUGGGAAGACCCAGAGGUUGUGCGAACAAAGGAUGGCUUAGCUCUGGAGUUUGCUGCUGAAGAGCUUCAGCGAGACCCGAGAGUGGAGCAAAAUGCUUUCGCAAAAAAGCACGCUGCCAAAGAGCUACACGCGGAUCGAGAUUUGAAAAAGGAUGACACAGAGGAGCCGCGGGCUGUCAAACAGAGCCGGAAUGCCUCCAAUCAUGCAGCAGCAGAAGAACUGCGGAAUGACAGAGACUUCAUCCUGCAGGUAGUGAAACAGGAUCCCGACGUUUUGCAGCUGGUUUCGGAAGAGCUACAGUGCGACAAAGGUGUGGUUAUUAAAGCUUUAGAAGGAAGCAUACAUGCCUUGCAACAUGCCGCAGAGAAGCUACAGGAUGCGCCGAUUGCCCCAAAGGAAGCAGCCAAGAAGAAAUGAAAGGACAUGGCAAAGAACACAAGAGAAGAGAAGAGAAGAGUUGCACUUUGUCCAGGAGGCAGUACCACCGAAGGUGUUCAUGCCUUGAAUGUGACCACUUGUGUGCAGACAAAAGAGGCUGUUGGGCCGCCCCGUUGAAUGACUUCUGAGCAUUUCAUCAUAGAGAGAUACAGC